AUGCCUCGAAGAAUCCUAAACAAAGCAAUAGAUAGACUGAACAAAGUUGUGACUCAAUUAAAUAUCGCGUUGACACUUGCUGAGGAUAGAAUCCAAGACUUUGAAGUCACUGACAACAAAUCUGAAGUAUAUCGGCUGAUCAAAGUAAGCAUACUAGCACUUGACAAUCGUAUCUCAAACUUACAAAAGGCCUGCGACGAAGUCAGAAAUUAUGCCGAUGUUCUGGACGCAGAGUUUACGGAAACUGAAGAAAUCGAACUCAAAUUACUAGAGAGGUUUAGUUCGAUCAAUUUAUUCCUGACAGAAAACAAGCCAGCGAAGCAAGAAUUACAUCCAGUCCCACAACUUGGUCAACACGAAGUAAAUCAACAACCAAUCCCUCCAGAUGAUCAACAAGCACCGGUCCAACAGCUCGUACCGCCGCCGACACCUCAAGUCGCACUGCCGCCGACACCUCAAGUCGUACCACCGCCGACACCUCAAGUCGUACCGCCGCCGACACCUCAAGUCGUACCGCCGCCGACAUCUCAAGUCGUACCGCCGCCGACACCUCAAGUCGUACCGCCGCCGACACCUCAAGUCGCACUGCCGCCGACACUUCAAGUCGUACCACCGCCGACACCUCAAGUCGUACCGCCGCCGACACCUCAAGUCGUACCGCCGCCGACAUCUCAAGUCGUACCGCCGCCGACACCUCAAGUCGUACCGCCGCCGACACCUCAAGUCGCACUGCCGCCGACACCUCAAGUCGUACCGCCGCCGACACCUCACGUCGUACCGCCGCCGACACCUCAAGUCGUACCGCCGCCGACACCUCAAAUCGUGCUGCCGCCGACACCUCAAGUCGUACCACCGCCGACACCUCAAGUCGCACUGCCGCCGACACCUCAAAUCGUGCUGCCGCCGACACCUCAAGUCGUACCACCGCCGACACCUCAAGUCGUACCGCCGUCGACACCUCAAGUCGCGCCCCCAGUACCGACGUUUCAAGUCGCGUUUCAACCACCUGUACAACACUUCGAUCAACCCGCUAAUGCACCAGUGCCUCAAGUAGAAGUUACACAAAUAACUUUUUGA